AUGCGGCAAAGGAAGCUCCCUCCUAGAUCUCAGUGCCUUAUUGUUGUCAAUCUUCCGGAGGCCGAGGCCACUACUACCCAGGCUCGUCUGGACCACGACCUGCAGCUGCUGAGGUUGCACAUGAUUACCUUGUUUGAUGGCGACGCGGUGGAACCAGUGGCAUCGAUCAUGGUCAAAGCGGCAUUAAGGCGUGGAAAACCCCACCAGGAUAGUUCUCCGCUACCACUGAAGGUGGUUCUUUGA